ACGUUUUUUGGGGGUGGAUGCUUAUUGUGUUGACUGGCUAGCAAAGUAAGUGCCGAGCCAACUACCAUAGCCUUGCUUUCUCUCAAUACCUCUGGUAUUUGUAUUUAUUCGAAUAGCCUCAUAUACUGUAAAUACAUAUACAGAUAUAUAUCUUAUAUCUCGAAAUUAUAUAUUUUUUAAAAAUGCAUUAGGUAGAGACCACAACAUCCAACAGUAACGUUUGCUAGCAUGCUAACACAGACAAAAGUGGUUUAGUUACCUGUAUCUUUGCAGCUAAUUUGAGCGAUUUUUCCUUUUGAAAUACGGAAUCGUAACACUGACCAACCUGAACAAAAGUAGCUAAAAGUUACUAUCUCUUAGCUGUAGCUUGCUGCUCAUAGACACUUUGCCAUGAUGUCCGCAGCCAUUAUAACCUUCCAGUCGCAGCUCUCCGGGGUCAUGGAGACGGUCCUUAAGUCAGCCAUAUACGAGAUCACCAGGCUGGUGGAGGAUAGUUUCCUGGAGGAGGUGUUCCGGAACCGGGAGCAGGUCGAGUCGCUGAAGAAGCGGCUGCAGUGGUCGGAGAACAGUCGCAAGGAGAGGGACAGAGAGGGAGGCCAGAGGGGGAAGUGUGGAGACUGUGGGAGAGCUGGCAAGGAAGGUCAUGAGAUAAGAUUAGGAAUUUCACAGACAGGUGUGGAGAGGGGGCGUGGCCUGAAGCAGGAGAAGGUAUCAGGGGAGGAGUGGAGCAGCUGUGGGGGUGUGGCCAGGGAAACAGCCUUAAAUGAUCUGGAGGAGGCUGAGGCCACCAGCCCUAGGAGAAUCUCUGAGUCCACAGAGGUCGGAGGUCAGAAGCUGGACAGUCUGCUGAAAGAGGAGGCUCUCCACAACACUGAGCUACAGGAGAGAUGGGAGUUCUGCCUGGAUGAGGCUGAUGGUUCAGACGUCUCUGGGCCCAGUAAGAGUUUUAUUCAGCAGGAUCUACAUCAGUGCCAAGAUGAGUGGAGAUCCAGUCUAGACCAGAGGCCUGAACCACCAGGCCCCGAGGGAGACUCUGGGGACCCCACCGACCCUCUCUACCGCCCCCACUACAGCAUGGAGGAACUAGGGGGUGACUUUGAUAAGUCUGGUUACUGCAGUGGCGGUAGUGGCGACCAUCUUCUAGACAUGGAAGGGCUGGAUAGGCUUCCUGGUUCUCCGUCUCGUCUGGGGGCGCUGAGCUACGGAGCUGUGGGUCACUACCAAGUGAACCUGGGGGUGUUUAAGGGGGGCGACCAUCGCUCCCACAUGCCUGGCCCCCAUCGGAUCCGGAGGGAGCAGGUGGAGUCGCCAACGCCAUCUCCCCACCCGGAGGUGGGAGACCUGAACUGCCUGUUGAUAAACGAGGAGGGGUACCUGCAGGACUCCAGUGUCUUGUACCCUGAACACGGUGUCCCAGAGUUGGGUAACAGAGCCAGCCACCGAGCCAUCCACUCUGGAAGCUCAGCCCACAACAACAACACAGAGAGCCCGUAUGAUGCCGCUGACGAUUUUGGACACUCUCUAAACCUCAGAGAUCGUUCACAAGAGCAGGUAACAGGAGGAGGGGGGAGGCGUCAUGCCUGCAAUCAAUGUACCAUGAGCUUCCCAGACGCUGGUUCCCUCAAGGACCACAAGCAGACACACAAAACGGGGAGAGGGUUGAGUUCAGGGUCUGGGCCUCCAUACUCCUGCACCCAGUGCGGUAAGACCUUCACCCAGGCCUGCAACCUCAAGGUCCACCAGCGGGUCCACCAGGCAGAGGGACUUCACCUCUGCAGCCACUGCUCCAAGGGCUUCACCUCCUUCUCCGACUUGAAGAGGCACAAGUGCAGCCAGACCACAGACAAGCCCUACUGCUGCUCCAUCUGUGGGAACAAGUUCAGUCGGCUCUGGAACCUUAAGCUGCAUCAGCGCAGUCACACACAGGAGAAACCUCACCGCUGCACUAUGUGUGACAAGAGCUUCACGCGGGUGGACAUUUUGAAAGUACACCAGCGCACACACACUGGGGAGAGACCGUACUGCUGUGCUGUGUGUGGACUCUGCUUCAAACGACUGGCCCAUCUAAAGUUACACCAGCACAAACACAGGGCAGAUUUCCUGGCCUGAGCGGUGGUCUAGAACAGUGAUUUCAACACUGUGAGGCAUGGGUUCCUCCAAUUUCUUUUAAAUAUAUAUAUAUACUUACAGUCCAUUCAAAAGUUUGCACACACCUACUCAUUCAAGGAUUCUUCUAUAUUUUUACAAUUUUCUACAUUGUAGAGUAAUAGUGAAGACA